GUCUGCGUAUCUAUGUGUAUACACGCAAUUUAGUGAGAAUUAUUUGAUGCCUGAUGUGGAAACAAAAACUUAUGAAUCGAUAUAUCGAAUGAUGUAGCAACGUAAUAUAGCAACGCGAUUCGAUAUGUCAAAAUGGGAAAACCAAUAUGGAGCAGCCAAUCAGAUUCGCUAUCUCUCCCUUUUACAUACUUGUCGAGAGGGCGCACAGUGAGACUUUCCAGCUGACUUCUGUGAGAUUUUACAUAGUCUUGUUUUCCGUUCAAUAUUGUAUUUCAAUUACGUAUCCUCGAAUCUUAUCUGUUAUUAUUAUCUCCGAUACUGAUAUAAAAAAAAAACAGCUAUCUGAAAUCCAAUAUACAAGCAAAUUUCUCGUUAUAUUAAAACGGAAAAUUCUGGUUUUUGAAGUUGUUCUACAUAGUACAAAUCCUAGCACACACAAUGAAAACAAAAAUUAUUAUAGUAACCUCUGGUAUUCUUAUGUCAGAAAUACAAGGGACAGAGCAAAAAUCUUUGAAGUCAUGUUUUUCUCAAAAGAAUCUGCUCUAUGUCGACCACAUCUAGAAUGUCGACAAUUAUGUAGGAAAGCAAAUUGUGCAGUAGGACACUUCAGGAGGAUUAUAAAUUAUUUGGAUUCUGCAACUGAUACUUUGGACAUAUGUAUGUAUUUUUUUACCUGUUUACCCUUAGUAAAGGCGAUUAUAAACGCUCACAAAAGAGGUGUCGUUGUAAGGAUAGUAUUGGACGAAUCUAUGACACAAAACGAUGGAAGUCAAACCAUGUGCUUUUACAAAGAAGGCAUUAAGCCAAAAUUUAAACAACUAGAUGUUUUAAUGCAUCAUAAAUUUGUUAUUAUUGAUAAUAAUAUUUUAAUAACUGGCAGUACAAAUUGGACCAUGGCAGCAUUUUUUGGAAAUUUUGAGAAUUUGAUGGUGACAAAUGAAUCAGGACUAGUUAAACCAUUUAUAAACGAAUUCGAAAAUAUAUGGACGAUGUUUAAUGCUACAGAAGCUGAUUCUAAAAAAUAUACGUUAACAUAACAGUUUAUUUAUUUUAAAAUAUGUUUAUUUUAAUUUUUUAAGUAGAAGGUAUAGAUAUUUUUUUAUUGUGUCAUAAUAGUUCCUUAUAUAUAUGUA